AUGUGCCCAGGCUUCAUGUUGGGGUGUUGGGGUUAUUAUGGGGGCAGGACGGCAAGCAGAGAUCUGGACAGAAAGAGGACGGUCCGUCGGCGCCCAGAAACAAAUCAAGCAGCUGAAGCAAAUCAAGCCUCGAGUGUCGAGGCGAACGCACCGCUACUGAUCGGCGAACAGAAAAAUGGCCGAGGGUUUUCCUUCACCAGGUCAGCUUGCCCAUCGGCAGCUUAUUUCCCCCUUGCUUUUUCCCCUCACCCCCGUCUCAGUCGUCUUGCUGCGGGAACCGCGUCCAUUGUUUACCUACGACCAGUACCUUUGAUUCCCACUAUGGACCCCGAGAAGCCUCGGGCAGAACUGGCCGACGAUGUCAAGCAGCACUCGCUCAGCAUGACCGGCGACGCUGAUGCUGAUCAGAAGCUGGCCAGGAGGAUCCUGUUCAAGCUGGACACCAGAAUACUGCCUGUUCUAGCACUGCUCUUCCUUUGUUCCUUUCUCGACCGAACCAACGUCGGUAACGCGAAGAUUCUCGGCCUCGAAGAUGACCUCGAUAUCACAAAUCACCAGUACGACAUCGGUCUGACGAUCUUUUAUCUCUUCUAUAUAUUGAGCGAGGUCCCCAGCAACCUGGUCAUCAAGAAAGCCUCACCGAAAAUAUGGCUUCCAGCGCUGACGGCAGUCUGGGGCAUCAUCACCAUGUGCCUCGGGUUCGUCCGCAAUUUUGGCAGCUUUGCCGCAGUGCGUGCGCUCUUGGGAAUCGCCGAGGGCGGGUUGCUUCCGGGAAUGGUACUCUAUCUCUCAUCAUUCUACCGGAGGGGCGAUUUGGCUCUUCGAAUCGGUUUGUUCUACACGGCUGCUUCGCUAUCAGGUGCAUUCGGCGGACUGCUUGCUCGCGGCUUGGCGGAGAUUGGCCCUCGAGGCGGUUUAGAAGGAUGGCGCUGGAUCAUGAUCAUUGAGGGUCUUUUGACCUUCCUUUGCGGCUGCCUUGCCUAUUUUGCCCUGCCGAAUAGCAUAGAAACCACGCCAUUUUUGACCGAAGAUGAGCGCCGAUUUGCUCGUGAGAGGAUACAGCUCGAGAAUCCGCAUAUCCAGGAGUGUGGCCCUCGCAGCCGAACAGGAGAGCUUGGUGUGGUCCGAACUGCCGACAAUCAUCGACGAGAGUGGCUUCGCGAGCGAUGCAAACCAAACGCAGCUCUGGACGGUGAUACCGUACGCCGUGGCCGCCGUGCUGACAGAAGAACAGUAUUCGUGUCCUUCCUUUCUGACCGCUUGAAACUCAGAGGCGUCAUUAUGCUAUUCUCCCUUCCAAUCGCUAUCGCCGGAUACGCGGCGAUUGGCAACAUCACCUCCCCACAAGCAAAGUACGGCAUGACGUUCCUCAUGGCUACGGGGAUGUAUGCGAGUGUUCCAUGCAUUCUGGUCUGGAACUCGAAUAACUCAGCUGGGCAUUACAAGCGAGCUACCACAUCGGGAAUGCAGCUCGCAAUUGCAAACUGCGGAGGGUUUGUUGCGACAUUCAUCUACCCCAACAAGGAUAAGCCGCAGUUUCACCGGGGUCACACGGUGGUCUUGAGCUUGUUGGUUUUUGCUUGGUUUAUGAUUCUCUUAAAUGUCCUCUAUUGUGCUAAGAUCAACCGGGACAAAAGAAACGGCAAGUACUCCAAGUAUGAAGGAUAUAGCGACGAUCGUGAUCCGAAAUUCAUGAUGGUGCUGUAA